CCCACCGGAAGUAGGCCCCCUCCGACCUGCCGCCGCUCGAGCCCGCUCGGUUAAGGGGCGUUUGCGCACUCCCGCGACACCAGGAAAUAUGGCGGCGCUCAUGACUCUCAGCCAGUUAUCAAGUGGAAACCCAGCCUAUGAUAGCUAUUACAGACAGCUGGAUCCAAGAAACACAGGCAAAAUAUCAGCUGGAGAUGCAGCUCAGUUCCUUAAGAAGUCAGGGCUGUCAGACAGUACACUGGGGAAGAUUUGGGAUCUGGCAGAUUCAGAAAGAAAAGGCUAUUUGGAUAGACAGGGUUUCUUCAUUGCUGUGAGACUUGUGGCCUCAGCACAGGGUGGAAAUGACAUCAGCCUUAAUAACCUCAACCAAAACUUAGCUGCACCCAAAUUUAGAGACACAAGCAGCCCCUUAUUAAGUGUUGCACCGACGGGACCUGACUCUCAGUGGGCGAUUAGGCCUGAUGAAAAAGGGAAGUUUGAGAGCAUUUUUGAGAGUCUGUGCCCUGUAAACGGUCUCCUCUCCGGUGAUAAAGUCAGGCCAGUUUUGAUAAACUCCAAGCUACCUCUGGAUGCAUUAGGAAAGAUUUGGGAUCUAAGUGAUGUGGACAACGAUGGACACUUGGACAAAGAUGAAUUCACAGUGGCCUUGCAUCUUGUGUAUCGUGCCAUGGAGAAGGAGCCUGUCCCGACUACUUUACCAACCUCCCUCAUCCCCCCUUCUAAAAGGAAGAAGGCUGCCGGCGCGCUGCCAGGUGCUGUGGCCGUGCUGCCUGCUCUUUCCGGGCUUAUGGCUAGCCCGGCUGCUCUCAAAGAGUCCCUGCGAAGCACUCCUCCUCUGGCCAGCGCUGCUCCCUUCAGCACUAAUACUGUCAACCUCUCUCCAAAACACUCCUUUAAAUCCAGCUCACCGCCAGCGGUGAACUGGGUGGUACCGUUGGCUGACCGGGAGCGAUACGAUGAGAUCUUCAAGAAAACUGACGGCGACAACGACGGCCUUGUGAAUGGAACUGAGGUCAUAGAGAUCUUCAUGCAGUCCAGUCUCUCCCAGACUAUGCUGGCACAGAUAUGGGGACUCGCUGAUACUAAACAGACGGGCAAGCUGUCCCGGGAGCAGUUCUCUCUGGCCUUGCACCUGAUCCAGCAGAAGAUCACCAAAGGCUUAGACCCUCCCUCCACUCUAACCCCAGACAUGAUUCCCCCAUCAGAGAGGACUGCAGCUUCAGCGGCGGUCCCUAGCUAUGAGGGGCUUAUGUCAGCUGGGAGACCUGAACUUGCUGCACUAGCUAGUGUGCGCAGAGACAGCGCCAGCUCCACGGGGUCGGCCGAGCUGACAGGCAUCAAAGAGCUGGAUGACCUCAGCCAGGAAAUAGCUCAGCUGCAGAGAGAGAAAUUCACUCUGGAGCAAGAGAUCAGGGAUAAGGAGGAAACCAUCAGACAUCAAAAUAGUGAAGUUCAGGACAUGCAGAAUGGAUUGGACAGGGAGAGCAGCACCCUGCAGGACCUGGAGUCGCAGAAGCAGGAUGCCCAGGAGCGUCUGGAGGAGAUGGACCAGCAGCGCUCCAAGCUGGAGGGAAUGCUCAACGACAUCAAGCAGAAGUGCCAGGAAGAGUCCCAGAUGAUCUCGUCCCUGCAGAGCCAGAUCCGCUCUCAAGAGAGCGACAUCCGGGGCCAGGAGGAUGAACUGACGCGCACCAAGACGGACCUGAGCCGGCUGCAGGAUGAGGAGGUCAUGCUGGAGCAGAGUCUGCUCUCUGGUCGCGUCCAGCUGGACAGCAUCACUAAGUCGCUCAGGACCACUCAGGAAGAGAUCAACCAGGCUCGCAGUAAGCUGUCGCUGAUCCAGGACAGCCAAAAGGAGAUGACCAAGACCAUCGAGCAGUACAACAGUGCUCUGAGCGACAUCAACGGAGGAGACUUCAGCAACCUGCCGGACUUAAGUGAAGGGUUUGCUGAGAAGGAGAACGGAGGUUUCAGAAAUGCGGAUGAGUCUUUCAAGUCAAGGAUAGCCAUGUUCAACAACAGCAGCAGUGCCAAGGAGGCUCCACCAGACCCCUUCCAGUCAGAGGACCCCUUCAAGUCCGACCUUUUCCAAGAUCCAUUUGGAGGAGAUCCUUUCAAAGAAAGCGACCCCUUCAAAGGCACCUCGCCUGAAGAUUUCUUUAAGAGAACAGACAAAUCAAACCUGUUUGGAUCCUCAGGAUCCUUCGGUAGAAAACCCACACCACCAGUCAAGCCAAGUGCCCUCAGCAGUGGUGACCCUUUCAGGACAAACAGCCCAAAACCAGAUGGGUUCGGGACAGCGGACCCCUUUGGAAGCAACUCUUUUGGAAGCAAGGGGGGAGGAUUUGCCGACUUUAGUCAGAUGUCAAAGAAGUCAGACAACCCUGUCCUCCCAUCAAAGAAAAAUGUGCCUAACCGGCCUGCACCUCCCUAUGGAGGUAUGCUCAGUUUGACUGUGUCAGAGCCGCUCCGGAGCGUUCGCUCCACAGCCGACAGUAAAGACUCUUUUGUUACGACACACUCGAGUAAAGCAUCCAAAGACUGUCCUGUGGGUUUUGCAGAUUUUGGCUCUGAUCAGAAUGUGCCAAGUUUGGAAAUGAGAGCCAGCAGCUGGAGUGGGUCAAGCGGGAGAGCGAACGCGAGGAACAGGAGAGGCUGCGGAAGCUGCGGCUCCGGGAGCAGCAGGACCUGGAGCUGGCCAUCGCUCUCAGCAGGGCCGACAUGCCCGGCCCCUGAAGCAGCCGUGCCCCACCACCACCACCACCACCACGUCUCAUCGUUCUCUUCCUCCUGCCUCGCGGUCCUUCAUCCGCAGGCUCAUGAUGACAGCAGCACCAACACUGGCCCUACACGACUAGCAAAGCCCCUGUUACCAAUUUUUGCAUAAGAGACCAGCGCUCCUCCAGCCACCACUGGACUCACGUCAGACGACUCUACAUUUGGCAACCAGUUAUGGUUCAUUGCUCCCAAACUACACGGCGACUAUAAUCAAGGACAAUACGGAGCCACUUGAUUUACGCCCGGCUUCACCCUGCAAAAGAACAUAGCGAUUUAACGCAACCCCAACCAGCAGGCUACUCCGCUACAACCUCCCAUCUCGCUCCAUCUCUUGUUAUGGCUAAUCACCCUGCCUUAACCAAAAGUCUUUCUGUUGCAAAACCUUUUAAGAAUCUUUUUUUAUUUAUAUCCAAAAGCAAUGAAUCUGUGGUGUAUGAUGAAGUACUUGUAAAAUGCACUGUAAAAAUUGUUCUUUUAUAACCUUUAAUCACUCAGAAAAAAUAUGGAGUCAAACCAGAUCCGUUAACUACUCUGUUGGCCUGUGAUUGAGUUUGUCCAAUUUCUUCUUUUUAUCUUCAUCUACUGUAAAUAUUGUUGGAUGAUGGUUUUAUGUACAAUCCCUGGAACUGGAGCUUAGUGAUCAUAUCAUGCAUGGCAUGCUUUAGGUUUGUAUUUUCAAAUGUGACAACUGUUUUCUUGCCACUUAAAUGCCUGCAUAUGGAAUAUUUAUGGCCUUAAAGUAAAAGGAUUGAAGAAUUUUUUUUGGAUAUAAUCAAACCGUCAACCGGAAUCUACAUGUCAAAGUAGAAAUAUGACGUUGCAUUUUAAGUCCUAACAUAGCUUUGGUUGAUUUAGCCCCACAUCACCGGUCGCCUCUUGCAUUCCCAAUAGUUAAGAUGCUAAUGAUAAUCAUUGAGGUCUUCCUUUCUUAUAAACAAAUCCUCCUGAUGCCAGCAGCUUGUGCUCGGCAGGUGGUUUGUGAUUGGUUGCCUUGUUGUUACGCCCCAAACAACAUGCACUCCCAUACAACUAAACGCCUCUGUAAAAUGGAAGUAGUGUAAACCUGCAUUGUUUAUACUGGUGCUGUUACGUUUAGUAUUUACUUCUCCACACUACAGCUGAUGCACGGUGACGUCUGCUUUUCUCUCAACACUCAAAUCAACCAUCGGAUAUUUUUUUUUCUUUGUGGAUUUUUUUUUCUGUCUCAUGAUCCAGUUGGAGGACAUUUGUUUAAAUGACUUAAAAAUAUUGCAUCCUUGUAAUUAUAUCACACUAAUCAGGUUUAUUUGGCACAUAAUGUAUGCACUGUAUAUUCCAGAACUUACUGGACAUGUACAGAGUGACAGCGCCUUAUUUAUCAACAUAUCAACAUUGUAACAUGUAAUAUUGCACAGUAUGUAUGCGAUUAUAAAAAAAAAAAAAAAAA